GGAAAGAGUCCUGUUCCAAACACUGUACUUGAAUCCCUUCUUUAUCAAGCUCAUCGACAUAGCCUUCCCAAUUCUCCCCAACCCCAAGAACCCAAUCUCCAUUUCCCCGAUUCGUGCUUACCCUUUUCCUCUCUUUCCUUUUUCCGCAGUCACGUUCACUUUCAGACCUCGGACAGUUUCCUUCCUCAAGGCUCUAUUACCACGGCAACUCAAUCACUCUCUCUAUUUUUGUCUUUCUCCCUAUUAUGGACUUACGAGAUCUACUGAAGCCGAGAUCUUUCUUCUUUUUCUUCGAUCUUAGAUAGUCAAAUUACAACGAUCCCCGCGUCACUUUGAUUCUUUGCCUUACGAAUUGGGAAUUUUAUACAAGAUCCCAAGUCCCCACCCCACUCCCCAAUUUCCACUCCCAAUCAAAUUCCCCAAGUCCACUCGCAAAAUUGUGAUUCCGGCGAACCAAUCGGAUCUCUCCGCCAUCUGGGUCGUUGACCCUUUCUUGAAUCAAUGGGCGCUUCGCACUCAGCUGAACAGCUAGGGAGCGAAGACGAAGAAGAGCUAGCGAGCGAAGACGAAGAAGCGGAGGGGGAGGAAGGAGAAGAAGACGGCCACGGCGGAACCGGCGUCAAUGCGGCGGGAAUCGACAACUCGUUGGUGAAGAAAGUUCUGGAGCAAGAACCAGAGAUGCUCCCUUGUUACGCAUCAGCUUCUCCGCUCUCUCCGCAGCUCUCGACCCUCGGCACCCCUCGCCUGGGGCCGUCGAUCAAGGUCUGGGACCCGUACAACGUCCUCGGCCCUCCGCCGCCACCCCCUCCGAUCCCGGUUUUCUCGAGGAGCUUCUCAAUGGCGAGCGCCGGCGGCGGGAGCGUCGACGAGGUGAUGGAGGUGUUCUUGAUUAGUCAUGGUGAGUGUGAGCUGACUUUGAGGCCGGAUUUGGUCGGUGGGAGGUGUCAUAUGGCUGGUUUGACCCCCAAUGGGAAGCGCCAAGCUAGGGCUUUAGCAGUGUUCCUUAAUUCUCAAGGGGUUAGGUUCAAUGCUGUUUACUCCUCGCCUCUUGAACGCGCCAGAUCAAUGGCUGCUCUGGUUUGCCAGGAAAUGAGCUUUGGUCAUGAACAAAUACAAACAUCAGAUGCACUUGCCGAGAUGAGCAUGGGCCAUUGGGAGGGUUGUUCCAACUCAGAAAUCUACACAACUGAAGUUGUCUCCUUGGCUGAAACUUCUCAGCCUGAUUUCUGCGCACCAUCUGGCGAAUCCCUUCGUCAAGUUGAAUUCAGAAUAAUUCAGUUCAUGAACGGUACCAUCAUUGGGCUACCUGAAAGGCUCAGGUCCGAUAUCUUGAUCCAACAUCAAAACGAGAACCAAGGCGGGGGCUUUACUCAGCACCGACAGGUUUUCUCGAGAAAAAAGUCGGGAAAGAGCAGGCUGCAAUUCGUCACUUCGACUGGGACACACCAAGAGGGAGAUCAACAUCAGGACGAGGGAUCUCCUAGCCUUCCGAACUCAGCAUCGCCAUCAGUCUCUUCAUGCAUUGGGGUUUUCACUCAUGCGGUCCCCAUCAGGUGCCUCCUCACAGGCCUCCUGGGCUGCAGCCCAGUGAUGUCGCAUAAGAUCUGUAUUGAAGACUCUUCUGUCACGGUGUUGCAGCAUUCACUCAGAACAGGGUGGCAGAUCAAGCGGCUUAACGAUACUGCACAUCUCCGGCUGCUCUGAUCAACAAGGCAUUUGAUGAUGAGAUCGCAUUGGGGAUUUUUUCACCCGCUGUUGUACCUUAAGUUCUAUCUCUUUUAUCUCUCACAAAAUAUUAUAUGUUCUUUGAUUCAACUCCCGAUAGCCAAUUUGGAGAGCUAGAUACUUGUACUGAGAGAUUGAUUCUUUCUUUUUGAUGCACAGCAGUUCACAGUUUGACCUCAAAUGUAAAACAAAGGUGACAUUUCCCCUUGUAUUUGCAGAGCUUAUUAGCCUAGAUAUUUUGGGCCAGCUAAGAGCAAUUUUAUACAGAAUGAGUUGAGAAGGAUCCAAA